AGAGAGCAACAACAGAUGUCAAAGCUUAUUGGCAAUCUGCCUUGUCAGUCUGGCCAGGAGGAGUGGUGUAGUAGAAUAGCACUUUACAAGAGAAGGAGGAAGCAAAUCUAUGAUGCCACUGUGAAGAAACCUUCAGGUAAAGGCAACUGCUUCUCUAACCACCUGCAAGUUAGAAGGAAGAGCACCUUGAGGCGAAACAAAGGGGAAAGGAAGAGGAGGAGAGCAAUGAAAGGGCUUCAGCUGUUUGUUUUCAGUGCAGUUCUGGUGACUGCUCAUACCCUUACUGUGGAAACACCUGCCAAGGAAUUACAGGUGGCACGAGGGAGCAACGCUACUCUCCGCUGUCAGUUUAAUACUGAUGCUUCCAUCUCCGGAGGAGAUUUUGUUGUCUGGAAGAAAAUCAAUACCGCGGAUGAUGCUGUCACUAGGUAUUUCGAUGGACUUGUACAGUAUGGCAAGGGCUACGAAACCCGAAUACAAUUUACUGGUAACGUAGAGAAUGGGGACAUCAGUAUCACCAUCAAUGAAGUAACCAUGGAAGACAAUGGGACGUAUGUAUGCAGUGUUCGUCUACGGAAUGACCCUCCUCGGCAGUCUGCAAUCACGAGUCUUUACGUCCUCAUUGCACCAUCCAAGCCAGAAUGCAAGAUUGUGGGCACAGCAGAAUACGGCCAAACCAUCAAUCUAACCUGCAUUUCUCAUGAGGGCUCCCCAAAACCCACAUACAGCUGGGAAAGCUUCAACGUACAGCAUGAGCCCCGUGUACUACAAACAACAAAAGGGGAGCAAAUAACUCUGAAGAACAUCUCAGCGGAUACAUCUGGCUUUUACAUCUGCACUUCAACAAACAUUGUGGGAAAGGAAUCUUGCAACAUGACGGUCAGCGUUGUGCCACCAUCCAUGAACAUUGCCCUUUAUGCUGGCAUCAUUGGAGGAGCUGUUGUUGCAAUUGUAGUUAUUGGUAUUAUAGCCUAUUGCUGCUGCUGUCGGGGGGACAAGAACACCGACUAUGAGAUGACGGAGACAAAAGAUGCAGAUGAAUUCUCCCAGAGGAAUCCUACAGAGAAUCAGACAGCAAAAGAUGAUAAUGAAGAUGAAUGAAGAAAGAAGAGGGAGGCCUGAUGCCAUCUUCAUUUUUUUCUGAGGCACAGACAUCACUGUAGAAAAGCAAGCAAAUUCCUCUCUCUUACUGCAAGAAGGUUUUGUUUUAGAAUAAUUAAGUAAAAGCUAAUAAUGUCUUUGUCUUCUAGUUCCUGGGAGAGAAUAUCCUUGUCUCCCUGGAAAGGAGUAUUUAAAAUACCACGGGUAAUAAUAUAUAACCUCAUAGCAGAAUAACGCAUAUGAAGAACUGCUUCACCCACUCAUGCAAAAAUCACCAGUCUCCUUGACUUCCCCCUUUCUGUAAAAGAAGUCAGUUAAGUCAAUUUGGAUACAGAGUUGCCACUUUAUCCCUAGAGCCACAGAAGGCACAGAAGGUCACAAAUUGCAAGUUAUCAAGAAAGGGUGGUCUUGUUUAUGCUGUUAUGUAAGUUUCACAGCUUGUAGCACUGUCUGGUACAGAAAUGAUUUUAUGUGAGAUUGAAGCAAGCUGAUUUUUUAAGACAUUUUAUUAAGUGUGUUCUUUGUAUAUAUUAUACACCCACAUAUGAAUAAAAAUACGGGGAAAAAACAGA